GCCCUAUAAAGAAGAUGACGGAGAAUUCGCUAGGAAAUUGUUACAGGACUUCGAUGUGAAUUUUAGAGGGCCAUUUUACUAUCUUAUAGAGAUGUUCCCAUGGACACGUUACUUUGGCAACCCUGUUUAUUCAACAUUGAAUGAAAUGAUAAACUGCCGUAAUAAAACCUUUACGGAGUGGAUUGAAAGGUUCAAACAUUAUAAACAGGAAAGUGGUGAGAGGACACUCAUCGCAGAGUUAUUGGCCGCUAAGGAGGAGGGUACAAUAACAGAUGAUGGUAUUUUUGGAAUCAUGACUGAUACUUUCAUUGCAGGAAUGUUCACAACAUUCACAACUACAUGCGGAUUCCUACUUGCAAUGAUGAACUAUCCAGAUAUCCAAAAUCACCUUCACAAGGAAAUUGAUCGGGUGAUUGGUAAAGAACAGCUACCAGAACUAUCAGAUUGUGAGAAGAUGCCAUAUAUGGAAGCAACUAUUCUUGAAACACUUCGUUACAUGUCAAUGGUCCCAACAAAUGUGCCACAUAAAACUACUUGUGAUACCCAUAUAGCUGGAUGUGAUAUCCCAAAGGGAACACAGGUUUGGAUGAACUUAU